AUGGGGAGGAUCUUCCUGGAUCACAUCGGAGGGACCCGCCUCUUCUCCUGCGCCAACUGUGACACCAUCCUGACCAACCGCUCCGAGCUCAUCUCCACCCGCUUCACCGGGGCCACCGGCCGGGCCUUCCUCUUCAAUAAGGUGGUGAACUUGCAGUACAGUGAAGUCCAGGACCGGGUCAUGCUCACGGGCCGUCACAUGGUACGAGACGUCAGCUGCAAAAACUGCAACAGCAAACUGGGCUGGAUCUACGAAUUCGCCACAGAGGACAGCCAGCGCUACCGACAAAGAGGGGCGGGUGAUCCUGGAGCGCGCUCUGGUGCGGGAGAGCGAAGGCUUCGAGGAACACGUUCCCGUCUGACAAUUCCU